ACUCUAUUUCUUUCACAAAGACAAACAUGACCAUGACUGGAGAUCAUAAUAAUGGUGAUUAUGCUGGUUUUAUUUGGGAAAAUCAAUCAUGGAGUGAUCUCUUAAAUUCAGAAAAUUUAGGUGAGAGUAACAAACAAAAGUUAGAUAUGAAAUCAUUCAACCAUAAAGAAUGACUUAAUGAAGGAGAAGUUCAUGUGAAUAAAAAACAAAAUCGAGGUGGGGUUGUGAUUCGAAAUGAGAAUGAUAUAAAUGGUGGGGGUAAAGAUGAAAUAUAUCGUGAUUUAGAUCAUGAAUUGCAUAUCUAAGCUGAGAGAGAAAGGAGAAAGAAAAUGAGGAACAUGUUCUCUAGCCUUCAUGCUUUGCUUCCUGAACUAUCUUCAAAGGCUGAUAAUUCAACAAUUGUGGAUGCAGCAGUGAAGGAAAUAAAAAAUCUAAAGCAAAUUAUUGAAAAGUUAGAAAAGAAGAAGCAAGAAAAGCUUAAAUAUGUAUCCUUAUUUGGAAGCGAGUCAUCAUCUGUGAUUAAAAAAACACAUUGGCAUCCCUACAAAUCAAGGGAAACAAUCAUAACUGAUCAUCGAUCCUCAAGUUAUAAUAAUAAUUUUCCUACUAGAGCAGUUGCAACUUCAUAUCAUAAUUCGAAAACAUUAGCACAAUCUGUACCUCCACCACAACAAGUAGCUUUUUGAACAUGGUCUUAUCAAAAU